UAGAGAUGUUAUUGCAAUAUCCACUUCUCCCUAGUCUUUUUCUCCUUCCUUCCUCUGACCCAUACCUCAUCUCUCCUCUGUUUCCCCACCUCCAUGCUCCAUCUCCAAUCCAGCACUCAAGAAGUGAGCAACCCGAUACACUGAUCGAUAUCUAAUCUAAUUCGGAUUUAGCUGAAGUCGGAGAGGCUGCUUAUUGAUAAUCACCAUCGACGAAAAAGUAUCCCAAGUGUUUGACUCUCGCCGUAAUGGUGAGCCCAAUAGGUAACUUUGAGAAGAACGAUAUGGUGCCUUCGUGGUUGAAACCAAUGCUUAGAGCAGACUACUUCGUUCCCUGUUCAAUCCAUGGCGAUUCGAACAAGAGCGAGUGCAACAUGUUCUGUUUGGAUUGUAUGGGAAACGCCCUCUGUUCUUACUGUCUGAUUCAUCACCGAGAUCACCGUGUCGUGCAGAUAAGGAGGUCCUCCUACCAUAACGUGGUGAGGGUGAACGAGAUUCAGAAGUACAUAGACAUUUCGUGUGUCCAAACUUACAUUAUCAACAGCGCCAAGAUCGUAUUUCUCAAUGAGAGGCCACAGCCAAGGCCUGGAAAGGGGGUCACUAAUACUUGCGAGAUUUGUGGAAGAAGCCUCCUCGACUCUUUCAGAUUUUGUUCCUUGGGUUGUAAGCUCGGAGCAAUGAAGCAGGGUCGCUCAGAACUCACAUUUGCGCUGAGGGACAAGAACAGGGACAUAUUGGAGUCGGAUGAAUCUUCAACUCCUAAGAAGAUUCGAAGAAAUCAUGUUUUCAGCCGCUUGAUCACGGAUGAUCCAACCAUUUUUUACAACCAUGGCAAGGACAGGUACUCAGCUUCUGAAGAAGACGAAGGCAAUGGUAGCAUCUCUCCGGCCACACCUCCUAUUUAUAACCACCGUAAUGCCAGGAGAAGAAAAGGCAUACCCCACAGGGCCCCAUUCUAAAUAAAACCAAACAGAAACUAGAAGAUGAUGAUGACGACGGCGAUGAUGAAUGUGGAUAGGUAUAGUGUUCUGUUUCAUAUGCUGUUAGAUAGGUUAGUGCCCAGAAGAAUCAUCAUCAAUAAUCAAUAAUCAAUAAUCUGUGUUGUCUUAAAGAAAUAGGAAUGGGAUAAUACAGAUUCAGGGAAAAUAGAUAAGAUUACAGCAGUGUCCUAGUUUCUUGUAUAUAUGCUAGAAACAUGGUUUUGUUAAAUCCGAUCAUUGUACAGGGGACAGCAUACUUAGUUCUCAAAAUUAGCAAUGUGGGAAGAAGUAGCAUUUCUGUUGUAAAAUUACAGGUUAAUUAAUGAACAUAUAUUGUUUGUGUACUUAAGGUGUUUGAAACUGAAGUGCCUUUUUAUC